AUGUACGUUGUGACCAUCACGUCGGUCUUUACGGGCCUGGCGGUUUUGGUUGUCGCUCUCCGGCUAUAUACUCGGAUCCACAUGGUGAAGGCUCCUGGGCUAGAUGAUUUGAUUAUAUCAUGUGCAUUGCUCUGCGACCUGGCAUUGUAUGUCUCUAUACUUCUUGAAACGAACCAUGGCAUCGGUGUCCGCUCAACAGAACUUUCUGAAUAUGACAUCCAGUGCCAACUAUUUUGGUUAUGGCUUUCAGUCCCUUUCUACAACAUGACCAUGAUCUUCGCCAAGCUCUCCGCCCUGACACUCUUCGCCCGCCUUUUCCGUCCCCGUCCCUUCCUCUUAGUUACCUAUACCCUCAUGGGCUUCCUCGUCAUCGUAGGUCUAUGGACAACACUGAGCGGAUUUCUCUUCUGCGUUCCUGUCCACGCCUUCUGGAGCCCAUAUGAAGAGGUCCGACUGGCACAAUGUCUGCCUGCUGCCCCUGUCUGGUAUACCAACGCAGCACUCCAGACAUUUACCGAUCUGGUGAUAUUGGUUUUGCCCAUGCCGCUAUUGUGGAAGUUACAGCUACCGAAAAGACAAAAGUGGGAGAUACUCGUGGUUUUUAGUCUUGGAAUUUUUAUUAUUGGCACCAGUUCCGCUCGCUUGUAUCCAUUGAGCAUCAUGGUUGGCGGAGGAGACUUUACCGAGGCAAAUGCCCAAGCAGCCCUCUGGUCCUCCCUCGAGGCAAACGUAUCCAUCGUCUGCAUCUGCCUGCCACCACUCCACCCACUCCUCUCCCGCGUCUUCUCAUUCUUCUUCCUCCCUCGCCCGAUUCGCUCAAGAGCCUCAAAGCGCCACUCCAGUAGAACCCAGAUGGCUGAGCCUCUCAACCGUGAUGGCGGGAUCUGGUGCAACGAACUCUUCACUCCCGGACCGGCUAGUUACUCAGCUAGUAUCUCGAAGGUGAACACGAAUGAAGAAGAGCAUGAGAAUGAGGAGGGCAUUCGUGUUAAACGGGAGUUGAAGAUGCAGUCUGAAACUGUUCUUACUCCUGUUCUCCGGCCUCGUUCUGCGAAUGGUGCCCAUUUAGAUAUUAGGGAGGGGGCGGCGGCGACGAGGAGUCGUACUGCGCCUGAGAAUCCACGCUCGAGUUUUAGUCUUGAAAAGGACUUUGGGGAUUUUGAGUUUCCGGACUAUAAGGAGAGAAUGAAUGCUCCUAUUUGA